CCGGUUUGAGCGGAGCCGCCGCGGGCUGCCUGGGGGAGCGCUGGCGAGGCGCUGACGGCGGGCUCUCGGCUUCUCGGCUCGAGGUCCUCGCUCUCGAGCGCGGCGGCGGCGACGACGGCGCGGACCCGCGGACCCAGCAGCUCAACACUGUAAAAUAAAUCCAUCAGAAUGACACCUUCUCAGGUUACCUUUGAAAUAAGAGGAACUCUGUUACCAGGAGAAGUUUUUGCCAUAUGUGGAAGCUGUGAUGCUUUGGGAAACUGGAGUCCUCAGAAUGCCGUGGCUCUUCUUCCAGAAAAUGAGACAGGUGAAAGCAUGUUAUGGAAAGCAACCAUUGUACUCAUUAGAGGAGCGUCAGUUCAGUAUCGCUACUUCAGAGGCUGCUUUUUAGAACCAAAGACUAUCGGUGGUCCAUGCCAAGUCAUAGUUCACAAGUGGGAGACUCAUCUACAACCACGAUCAAUAACCCCUUUAGAAAGUGAAAUUAUUAUUGAUGAUGGACAAUUUGGAAUCCACAAUGGUGUUGAAACUCUGGAUUCUGGAUGGCUGACAUGUCAGACUGAAAUAAGAUUACGUUUGCAUUAUUCUGAAAAACCUCCUGUCUCAAUAACAAAGAAAAAAUUAAAAAAAUCUAGAUUUAGGGUAAAGCUGACGCUAGAGGGCUUGGAAGAAGAUGAUGAUGAUAGGGUGUCUCCCACUGUUCUUCACAAAAUGUCCAACAGCCUAGAGAUAUCCUUAAUAAGCGACAAUGAGUUCAAGUGCAGGCAUUCACAGCCAGAGUGUGGGUAUGGCUUACAGCCCGAUCGUUGGACAGAGUACAGCAUACAGACAAUGGAGCCAGAUAACCUGGAACUAAUAUUUGAUUUUUUUGAGGAAGAUCUCAGUGAACAUGUAGUUCAGGGUGAUGCCCUUCCUGGACAUGUAGGGACAGCAUGCCUCUUAUCAUCCACCAUUGCUGAGAGUGGGAAGAGUGCUGGAAUUCUCACUCUUCCCAUCAUGAGCAGAAAUUCCAGAAAAACAAUAGGCAAAGUGAGAGUUGACUAUAUAAUUAUUAAGCCAUUACCAGGAUACAGUUGUGACAUGAAAUCUUCAUUUUCUAAGUAUUGGAAGCCGAGAACACCCUUGGAUGUUGGACAUCGAGGUGCAGGGAAUUCUACAACAACUGCUCAGCUUGCUAAAGUUCAAGAAAAUACUAUCGCGUCUUUAAGAAAUGCUGCUAGUCAUGGUGCAGCCUUUGUAGAAUUUGAUGUACAUCUUUCGAAAGAUUUUGUGCCUGUGGUGUAUCAUGAUCUCACCUGUUGUUUGACAAUGAAAAAGAAAUUUGAUGCUGAUCCAGUUGAAUUAUUUGAAAUUCCAGUAAAGGAAUUAACAUUUGACCAACUCCAGUUGUUAAAGCUCGCUCAUGUGACUGCCCUAAAAUCUAAAGAUCUGAAAGAAUCUGUGGUUGAGGAAGAAAAUUCUUUUUCUGAAAAUCAGCCGUUUCCUUCUCUUAAGAUGGUUUUAGAGUCUUUGCCAGAAGAUGUAGGGUUUAACAUAGAAAUAAAAUGGAUCUGUCAACAGAGGGAUGGAAUGUGGGAUGGUAACUUAUCAACAUAUUUUGACAUGAAUCUGUUUUUGGAUAUAAUUUUAAAAACUGUCUUAGAAAAUUCUGGGAAGAGGAGAAUAGUGUUUUCUUCAUUUGAUGCAGAUAUUUGCACGAUGGUUCGGCAGAAGCAGAACAAAUACCCCAUAUUAUUUUUGACUCAAGGAAAAUCUGAUAUUUACCCUGAACUCAUGGACCUCAGAUCUCGGACAACCCCCAUUGCGAUGAGCUUUGCACAGUUUGAAAACCUACUGGGAAUAAAUGCACAUACUGAAGACCUGCUCAGAAACCCGUCCUAUAUUCAGGAGGCAAAAGCUAAGGGACUAGUCAUAUUCUGCUGGGGCGAUGAUACCAACGAUCCCGAAAACAGAAAGAAACUGAAGGAACUUGGAGUUAAUGGUCUAAUUUAUGAUAGGAUAUACGAUUGGAUGCCUGAACAGCCAAAUAUAUUCCAAGUGGAGCAGUUGGAACGCCUGAAGCAAGAAUUGCCAGAGCUUAAGAGCUGUUUGUGUCCCACUGUUAGCCGUUUUGUCCCCUCGUCUUUGUGUGGGGAGCCUGAUAUCCAUGUGGAUGCCAACGGCAUCGAUAGCGUGGAGAGUGCUUAGUUUUUAUUGGGCAGAGGCCAUCUGGGGGCAGGCACCGCUGCUCUGGUAUUCACUUUCCAUUGAGCACCGUUUCUCUAUGCCUUCUCGGUUUCUCAGUCCAAUGAAGCAAUAAUGAAGGAUUUCACUCUUUCACUACGAUUCUUGCUAAACUUUCAAGUAUGCUAUUUAAAUCACUUGGCCAGGUAUAAUUACCAGUCUCUUUACAAUGAGAAAAUUUAUUGGUUGGCAAACAUAUUAUAUUAAACUAAAUAUAUAAACAUAUAACGUUAAACAGAUGUUCAUUAAAAGCAUAGUGCUUUGAAAUUAACUCUAUAAAUAUCUUAUAUUUACAGUUCCUACAGCUUUCAUUUGAUCAGAUCCGAAACAUUUAGCACUUGAGGAACACGACUAUGCAGAAUUAUACCUGACCAUGGAAAAAAUAAGUACCUCAAAUGCAUGCAUUUGCACUGGUGAUUCCAACUGCACAAAUCUUUGUGCCAUCUAUGUAUAUAUGUAUUUUUUACAUGGAUUGACAUGCACAGACACCAUUUUCAUUCAGUAUGAACCUUGAGGCUGCUGCCAUUCUCCCACUUAACCAAACCAAUGCCUGUGUAAACAGCCUGGAGGUGAUCCUUGAAAACUUGUUUCAUAAGUCUUUCAGAAGUUGUUUUGCAUAAAUGUUAAAAGUUUCAAAAUGCUGCAGGGUAAUUUAAUGUAUAAACUAUCAGAAGUAUGUACUGCAUACUUAAUAGAGUAGAUCAUAAUGUAUAAAUUCUAUUCAGUGCAUGCUUUAGGUUUUAAGCAUGAGAUUGUACACGUUUACUGUAAGUCCUUGCAUCUGUGGUGCUAGGUGAGUGUGAGAAGAUGUCAAGGACUGAAAAUAUGUUGUUCCCUUAAAAAAAAAAAAACUGUAGGCAUUUUCAGUAUGCUUAUUUUAAGUCUCUCACUACCUAUUACACACCAUUGCUUUGUGGGUUUGUUUUGUGUGUUGUGCAGUAGUUAAAUCCCCAUGCAGAAAAAUAAAUGUUCUGAAUUCUCAUA